AUGGCCAUUGGUGUUCAUGGGAAGUUAGGGUAUAUGACUGGUGAGGAAGUGAAACUCGAGACUAACUACUCCCGAUGGGUACAGGAAAAUUAUAUGAGUGAGAACGUUGCUAGGGCCUACCAGUUGAGAAACCAGGUUAUUGCUACUAGACAGGGAGAUAAACCUAUUGUUGUUUAUUUUUCGACCCUUAAAACCCUAAGGCAGGAGAUUGACCACUUGGAGACUAUGGUUUGGGAAAGUAGUAAGGAUGCAGCAACCUACCAGAAGCUCUUAGAGAAGAAUAGAGUCUUUGAAUUUCUUGCUGGCCUUAAACCCGAGUAUGACAUUGCAAGACUCAAAAACAAGAAGGGAAAUGUGAACGCGGCAGUAACUGGUGACCUUCCUGGACCUCCUACUACAGCUACUUUAGAGUCUGUUGCAGCUGAUGCAGUGAGGACCAAUCUAGAAAGAUAUAGGCAGUUACUUAGUCAACGAGAUACAGCUAGCCCUAAUCCGUUAUCAGGUGGACAGCUAGGUAAGGAGGGACCUCCUUGGGUUUCUGGAGCCUCAAAGCAUAUGACCCAUAUUUCCACCAUUUUCUCUUCUUACCAACUCUGCUAUGGCAGAGAUAGAGUUUCCACAACUGAUGGAUCUCAUGUUCCCAUUGCUGGGAAGGAGUUUGUCAAGAUAACCAAUUCUAUUUCCCUACCCUCUGUCCUUCAUGUACCCAGAUUAAGUACUAACUUGUUAUCGUUUAGUAGUUUGACCAAGAAUUUGAAUUGCUCAGUGAUUUUUUCUCUUGGCCAUUGUGUUUUGCAAGAUCUGAUUUCAAAGAGGACUAUUGGGAGUGAUCGUGAGGUGAAUGGAAUCUACUUUCUGGAUGCACUUCCCAGUCAUCAGAUUCAUCAUGUUAGCAGGGAUUUUGAGUCAGAGUCUAUGGGUCAGAUUAUGCCAAAGCAUAAUCGGUGGGGACAUUUGUCUUCUUCUUUGCAUUUCUUAUUUCCAAAGUUAUUUGAGUUUGUUAAUAUGUCUGUGAAGAGCAAUUGUUCUUACACUCCACAGCAAAAUGGUGUAGUAGAAAGGAAGAACGGACAUAUUGUUGAGAUUGUGAGGAGCAUGAUGAUAACAUCUACUAUUCCAGUUCGAUUUUGGGGUGAUGUAGUUCUCACAACAGUCUUUUUGAUUAAUAGAGUGCCUUCUUGUGUUCUUGGAUAUAGCACCCCAUUCAGCCUCCUUUUUCCUGAGGAGAUGUUCUACAUUCCUCUCAAGGUUUUUGGUUGUGUUUGCUUUGCACAUGUUCUUGGUCCUCAUCGCUCUAAGCUUGAUCCGAAGGCAAAGAAGUAUGUUUUCCUUGGGUAUGCAGAAAAUUAG